AUGAAAUGAGCAUGCGCAGAUCUACCAGGGGAUUCCCCCGGAAGUAAAUUCGAAUGUGUCCAAGUCAAACAGUUUUAGGUUGUCUUCUCAUACUCUUUGUUUAUCAAUCUUGCAGCAUGUCGGAUGAACAGAAUGAAUCUCAGAUGAGUGCAUCUCCACAUCCAGGCUCAUCACAGGAUGCCAUGGAAACUGAUGCUGUAGAAAUUGGGGAAGAGGUUAAGGCUGAGAGUUCUGAAGAAGAGCAAAGUGAACAAGACAAUACGAUGACUGAAGAUGAGAAACGAAAAAGAGCUGACCGACAGAAAAUGGUGAAACGACUUGAACAAGAGAAGGAGGACAAAGAAAGGGAGAAAAAAACACAUGCUUACAAAAGUGAGUCGUCCAGUUCUGAAGAAGAUGAAGAGACAAUUCGUAAAAAGGGUGAAGAGGCCAUGAGAAGAUAUCAGCAAUAUUUGGAGAACACAACUAAAAAACCUGAUUUAAGAGUUUUUGAAUUCCCUAAAACAAUGGAAGAAUUCAAAUAUGCAUUUAAUGAAGAUGGAGAACUAAGGCACACGGAAACUGGUGAGAGAUUUGAAUUUAAUGAAUUUAAAAAUGACCAUCGACAAAAUCAGAAAAGGUAUGAAGCACUUGGGGAGUUGAUAACAGAAUAUGUCUAUGAACUGCUGGAAAAAGAAAAUUUAAAAAAAGUGACUAUCCCAUUAGAACCAUCUGAUGAGGAAAUUACCAGUUUCUUUUACAUGUCCGAGGAUGCAAUGUCCAAUCCUGAUAAACUGAUGGUAAUAAUUCAUGGUACUGGUGUUGUCAGAGCGGGACAGUGGUCACGAAAAUUAAUUAUCAAUAAUAAUUUAGACAGUGGGACACAGAUCCCAUACAUCAGAAAAGCGGUCAAGGUGAAUAAUUAUUGCUAUUUUUACCAAACACUUCAGCGUGGUAUUAAGAGAACAUUAAAGCAUGAAGAAACAUCAUGGAAAAGUAUAGAUUUAGUGUUCACAUACUUGGCAGAAAGAAUAAAAAAAGAAACUCCGAAGGGCAUUAAAGAAGGAGGAGGAGAUCAGAUGGAAGAAGAUGUGAAAAAAGUAGAAAAAUCGAAAGAAGAGUUGUGA